UUGGCCAAAGCAGUUGACAAACUUUCAGUUGCGGAGUAGCGUUUAACCGAUUAAGAGGACUUUCAUCGACAUAAACCUAAUCUACUAAUAGUUUAUUUUAUUGAGUUUUGGAUUUUAAUGCAGUUGCUGUGGUGCAACAUGUACCCCCAAUCGGAGUUGGAUAAUUACAAACUGCAAGUGGAUUUGUUGCAAGAAAAGCUCAAACAAAGCGAAGAAAAUCGACAGCAGCUGCAGAAGGAACUUCAGCAGAUUUUACUGCGACGGAGUGAACAUGACAAAUCCGUGCGCACAAAACUACGGCAAAAAUACCAAAGUUUUCUGGAUGAGCAGGAGCGGCGCAAUGAACGCAAUCAGAUGCUGAUGCAAAUGCUCGAGCGAAUAGAUGAGCAAUCGGCUGCUUUAUCGGCACGUAGCGAGAGACUCAAAGGCAUGAAGCUUCAAUACGAGCGCUAUUUUGCGAAAUUAAUGCAAACACAACCUGUUCGCUGCAUACAAAAUGCGACUGUAACCACUGGCGUUGGGGCGGAGGUCAUGUCAAUGCAAACAACAAUGCCAGCCGCGACACAAAUACCCGUGCUAUUGCCCGCUGUUGCCCCACAGCUUCCAACAACUGUACAGCCUACUACCACAGAGCGUAGAAGCGAUGCAACAGCUGCUGGUAUGGCGGCCGCAACACCUACACAACCGACUACUGGCGGACUCGAAGCGAUAGCAGCAGCACAGUCGGCAGCUUUGACGCCGCGAAUGUGGACAUUUGCUAUGGCCACACCGACCCCAGCAGGAUUGCUGCUCACUGGAGGAGCGCCAACAGCUGCGAUGGGCUCAGCGCCACUACAGCCAGCGACCACACCGUUUGAAUUUGUACAGUAUCCGCUGGGAUAUGGAGCGAUGCAACAGCAGCAACCUUUGCAAAUGGCAUAUGCCUCACCAAUGGGACCGGUAACAUUUGCUAGCCGAUUCACAUUACCACAAUGUUACGGUGCUGAGAUGAGUGAAAACCCACUCAAUCCAACUAAUACCACAGAAGAAAAAUUGCCUGGUAAGUCCACUAGCACUGCUCGAGAGGUUAGCGCAAUGCAAAAGCAGCGCCUAGCAAAGCAGUCGGAUGCCACCACACAACGCGGCGAGGGCAUUGAAGGUGGAUCUGAGGAUGAAGAAAAAUCGAAAGCUUCGCAAACAACAGAACAUCUACCCCCUAAUGAACAGGUAGAGCAGGAGCAGCAUUCGGGCCAACCCAUGUCAGAUAAAGAUACUGAAACUCACGUGGCGACUGCGGCCGGUAGGCCCCUCGACUCUACUAGUUGCGUCACUAGGAGUAUGUCCGAAGUUAAACUGGAAGACGAUGACGACAGCGUGCGCAGCUAUGUGCCUUAUACAGGAUGGAAGGAUGAAACGAAUAAACCAAAGUUCAAUGCAAAAGCUUCAGAAAGACUAGAAGAAACUUUCACUAAACCAGAAACUCAGCUGAAUGCCGCAAACACUCGGCAGAAGUUAGGCCCAAUGAAGUUGCACACAGCAGAAGAGCACAGGCGAAAGUUUGCGGACAUUGAGAAGAAGUAUGGUAUUGCAGAUGAAACCAAUGACAUGGAGGACGAGAUUCCUUUGCAGGAAUAUAAACCCUUCUCCGAGAUUAUUAAAGAAACCAGCGCCAGAGAGCAGCAGCCACCAGUUGUCGAAGUUUCAGAUAAUAAUUCAUGGCAAUCACACUCGGGCUCGGUGGAAUAUACACCGAAGCCAUCAAUGUCUAGCGCAUCGACUGAGCAAAAGCCUGUCUCCAUUGAUAACAUAGAAAAUGCUAUUUACGGCGAGUUGGUAAAUCCACAAUUGAACGACUCUACACAACCGACUGUGCGAACUGCCGCGCACGGUUUCUUCACCGAACUACUUGGCCAACAAGAACCGGCCAAGUUAAGUCAAAAUUCUGACGAAAUCAGUGGAAAUCAGCAUGAAAACACUACCAGUGAUACAAUAGAAACUCAAAACCUUCCAGCAAAUGCAGAUAAUAUGGGAUAUGCCAAUUAUAGUACAUCAAUUGACGGCACAGAGGCUGCCGAAGUAAAAGCAGCCGCUGACAGUUACCAAAAUGAACCACCAAAUCAAGCCACAUACGACACAGCAAACUCUGACUACUACCAGCAAUCGGCGGCAGCAGAACGCGCUUACGAUGGUGCAGAAGCAACAAAUGCUUACGCUGAGUAUCCAACAGACCAAACAGCCGAUUUGAAUGCCGCGCGCGGCGACGCUAACCAACAGCUUCAAGAGCAGCAGCAACAGCAACAACAACAACAACAACAGGAGUACACGGAACAAGAUUAUGAAAAUUAUGAUGCAACGCAGUAUGGCAACUAUGAUCCCAAUGCAUAUCCGGGCUACAUAUAUGAUGAAGCCACUGGCCAAUAUGUCGUCGAUCCGCAAUAUGUGGCGCCCGAAGGAAGCGCUGCUGAAGGCGUUUACGCGUCGCAGGAAUAUCAGAGUGGUCAGGGUCAAGAAGUUAGUUAUGCGUAUGAAGACAAUGCCUACGCCGCUGCGGCACCAACUGCGGCGGAUGAAGGCAGCGCUAGUGCUACCCCAACUACCGCCGAAGUAGCGAAUGUGCCGCCGCCAGAACUGCAACAAGAGCCGACGCCUGAACCUGUAGUAACUGAACCAGUUGCACCUCCUACGACCGGCGAGCCUAAAGUCUUGAAACCUACUUCGAUUCUUUCGACAGCGGAUAAGCUUGCCGCACAGAAUGAGGCGCAAAAGAAGAAGAAACGCGUGAAUUUUGUGGAUAGCAGCGAAACGGAUGACAGCUCGAGUGCUGCUAAGUUGCCAGCUGCAGGCAAUGAAAGUGAUUUUGAUUUUUCAAGUGGCGCAGAAACUUCGGCGGGUUAAGGCCAAGGAAGAGCUGGGAUGACGUCA